AGGACGUGCGUGUUUUCAACACUUCAGCCGGAGAACAGCCGCUUUUCCUUCUUGGAAACAGCUGCCAGGAAGGAAGAAUGACUCGCAGCUGGGAAGGAGGAAUAAGCCCCCAUCACUGACCAGCCUCCGAGCCGGGCUGACCUCGCCAGUCGGCCAAGUGUCCCGUAGCACAAAACAGAGACAACGGGGUAUCUCCUGCCCCUCUAGUUUGACCAUCAGCUCCCAGGCUGCAGGACAAGGGGUGUGAUAAAAGGGCAAUGGAUUUAGAAAGUUGGGGGCCAGGGAGGGUAGGGGGUGUCUCUCUAUGGGGAGUUGAGACUCUUCUACUGAGUCACACCAAUGAAUUCCUUUUCAGCUGCCUCCAGUUCUGGGGUCCUGGCCUCCCUCUGUUGGGAGGAGGACAAUCGGGGAGCACGCCUUGGAAAGUGAUUACAUUAACCCGUGGCCUUCCUUCCUCAUUUCAGAAGACAAAGUGUUUCCUCCUUGAGGGGAAGGCGCCACCAGGGCGGGCCCUAGAGAAGCCCCAGGAAAACAGGUUGCGGGGAGCAGAAGGAUAAGGAAGAAGCUAAUUUUCCUGCGCCUGUACCUACGGCCUGGGAGGGUGUGGCCAUUUGUCAGGGGGCCAAGAGUGAUGUGUCAUAUUUUAGUAUUUCUCCCGUUUCGGCUCCUGCAUCAGAAAGGAGGCACUCUGAAUUCAGAGAUUCCCAAACGGAGCAGAGUUCGGGGGUACAUUCUGAUAGACACGGAACCUGGAGGUAGGAAGGGCCCAGAUGCUUUCGGGGAGAAAGGACGCAAGUUUUAUAGAUGCACCUCAUCCCCUCACCUUCCUGCCGGUGGCUCUGAGAAAACUACACAGGAAAUGAAAUCAGGGUAAGUGCAGAGGCCCCCGCCCCCUCCAUAGGAUUCAUCAGAGUUGUGCCGAUCCCCGUCUUUGUCUUCACCACACACAGUGAAGUGCACACUGCACACAGCCUCAACGUUCCCUUCCUGCAGGAUGCUCAUGUUUUAGUGGCUGAUGGACACGGGAAGAAGCAGCGUAGAAAAUAAUUGGAUGAAGCUCCAAAGAGACGGGAAUCCUGCCUCUGCCGCAGGCUCCUCACUCGUGGCUGGCCGGUCUCCUGAAUCAGGGACUGAAAAAAACCCUCUUUCUACCGCUGGAUGAGCCUUAAGGGCAAGGACCCCAGGCCCCUGGCAGCGCAUCCAUCAGUCUGCAUCUGCCUGCACGGGAGGCGGCAAAUGUAAAACUGUCAUCUCUGUGGCCACCCGGAAGCGAAAAAGCAUGUCAAGAGGCAUCAAUUUGCGGGAUGCAAAUGCAGCAAGUGUGCUGACGAAGCGCUGCCCACCCGGUGCCCACAGGCCUCGGGGCCUGCCCGGCCGGCCGGCCGGGAGCCUCCGUUUGGGAUUCCCGCCGGGCCACGUGCGGCGGGACCGGCCGCGGGGAACAAAAGGCUCCGGAGGGGCGGCCCACGUGUCCGGCCAGGGUCACCUCCGGGAGCCUCCCCUGCACGCGCUGGGCCGAAAGGCACAGCCGGCGACAUCACUGCGUGUUCUGGUCCCGCCCGAGGCUCUUAUCAAAUCACAGCCCGGCCCCCGCAGGAGACGCCGGACACCAAGUCCCGGGGGCCCCCCCGGAGGCCUCCGCCCGCCCCGGGCCGCCCCUGCCGCUGGCCCAGAGACCCACCUUCCCGGGGCAAGUUCCAGGACCGGCCGAGGGAGCCCCGCGCCGCCCCCCGCCCCCAGGCCCCGCGGCGGGGCGGGUCCAGGUCCCGUGCAGAGGCCGCCUCAGAGCCCCUCGGUCCAGAGUAUCCGAGUGCUGUUCACCAGGUGCGAGGACGAGAAGGGCUUCAUCAUCACCCGGCCGGACAGCAGCGCCAUGCAGCUUCGGGACAACGCCAUCGUCAUCAACUGCGACGGCUUCUACCUCAUCUCCCUCAAGGGCUACUUCUCGCAGGCGCUCAGCCUCUCGCUCCACUACCGCCCGGGCCAGCAGCCCCUCCUCUCGCUGAGCCGGGUCCCCUCCGUCAACUCCCUCACGGUGGCCUCGCUGGCCUUCAAGGACAAGGUCUACCUGAACGUGACCACGCACAGCAGCUCCUGCGAGGACAUCCAGGUGAACGGCGGGGAGCUGAUCCUCAUCCACCAGAGCCCCGGCGAGUACUGCGCCCUCUAA